AGUCCUAGUAAAAAGCCACAAAUAUCCUAAUAUCGCUCAAUCUUCUUGGCUUCCGGUUGACUUAUAACUUGCAUCAGUAACUUCGAAUAUCAGCCUUUAUUUUGAAAUUUAAGUACUAUUUCAGCCAUUGCCAUGUUAAAAUUUGGCACAUUGUCGAGAAUUGUUAGAAAUCUUAAUCCUAAGCAAUUUAUUGGAAUAAAUGGAUUUAAUCGAGGAUUUUCAGCUAGUUCAAAUCUGCAACCCUCAAGUGAUAAGGAAAUUCCCGAAUUUAAACCUGUUUAUUUGGAUGUGCAGGCAACAUGUCCUUUGGAUCCAAGAGUAUUAGAUGCGAUGCUACCGUUUAAUGUUGCACAGUUUGGAAAUCCUCACUCUAGAACGCAUGCUUAUGGAUGGGAAAGUGAAGCUGCAGUUGAAAAAGCCAGAGAGCAAGUGGCAAAACUUAUCGGUGCCGAUCCAAGAGAAAUUGUCUUUACAAGUGGAGCUACAGAGUCAAAUAAUAUAGCUGUUAAAGGUGUUGGAAGAUUUUAUAAGAAUCGUAAGAACCAUAUCAUCACUACGCAAAUCGAACAUAAAUGUGUAUUGGAUAGCUGUCGAGUUUUAGAAACCGAAGGAUUUGAAGUUACUUAUCUUCCAGUUCAAGAAAAUGGAAUUAUACGUGUGGAGGAUUUGGAGAAGGCAAUAAAAGACAAUACUAGUUUAGUUUCAAUUAUGUUUGUCAACAACGAAAUUGGUGUUAAACAACCAAUUAAAGAAAUUGGAGAAAUUUGUCGGGCUAAAAAAGUGUUCUUGCAUACCGAUGCUGCCCAAGCAGUGGGUAAAAUUCCGAUAGAUGUUAACGAGAUGAAAAUUGAUUUAAUGUCAAUAAGCGGCCAUAAAAUGUACGGACCAAAGGGUGUUGGAGCUUUAUACGUGAGAAGAAGACCAAGAGUUCGCCUUGACCCUAUACAGAGCGGAGGUGGUCAGGAGAGAGGCAUGAGAAGUGGAACAGUACCUACUCCCCUAGUUGUGGGCUUAGGUGCUGCCUGUGAAAUCUCUUUAAAUGAUAUGGAAUAUGACUAUCAACAUGUUUCAAGAUUAUCUAAGAAACUGGUAAACAAAAUAACUAAUGGUAUCAGUCAUGUCGUUAGAAAUGGUGAUAGCGAAGAAUGUUACCCAGGAUGUGUUAAUUUCUCAUUCUCAUUCGUCGAAGGAGAAAGCAUUUUAAUGGCAAUCAAAGAAGUGGCAGUGUCUAGUGGAAGUGCUUGCACUUCGGCAUCUCUUGAACCGUCAUAUGUACUGAGAGCUAUCGGUACUGAUGAAGAAUUGGCCCACUCUUCUAUUAGAUUCGGUAUUGGUAGAUUCACUACGGAUAAAGAGGUAGAAUACACUGCUCAAAGAUGUAUUGAUACAGUAUCCAGGCUCAGGGAUAUGAGCCCUCUAUGGGAAAUGGUUCAAGAAGGAAUAGACUUGAAGGAAAUCAAAUGGUCCCAGCAUUAACGUUUUAAGAAAAAUAUAAAUAUUCUUUUUUGACUACUGAAAAGAAAGACUGAUUUUCCUAGUUUAAAACUUGUUAAUAAAUAUUUUAUCUAUAAACAGUUGUAUAUAAAUAGAUUAACUAUGGAUUGCUCACUGGAAUUGUAACUGUUUAGAAUUAUAUUUGAACAUGUUAAACAAGUGAAUCCAUGCAGCUUCAAUCUUGUUUUGAAUAUACCAUUCAUCAUUAAAAUGAAUAAUACUGAGGUGUUUGUAUUUACUUAUCAAACAAAUUUGUACAUUCUGGUACUUUUAACUAUCGUUUGGUUGUUGUUUUUUAUUAUUAACGCUACUGACGUAUGAUGACAAGUUUGAAUCCAAAAGGUGAAUAUGAAUACUAGUUUGGAACGAUUCUAAUUAAUCGGAGACCGGUAAUAAUACUAAUAAUAUGAGCUGCGGAAUUAAAAGUUGCUGAACCCAGAGCAUAUUGGGAGUAUUUUCGAAUUCUAUCACGAAUUUUUUCGAAACAAGAUGUCGUAUGGGUAUAAACAGGAUCUCCUUCAACUAGGCAUUGUUUCCAGUUUCCCGCAACAAUCAUACCCAAGGACGUUGAAUCUUUAUUAAAAGGAUAUGUUGUACCGCUUAAAGAUUUACAGCAGCUAGGAGGAAAAUUAAUUUGAAACUUAACACCUGGAUCAAUAGAACUAUGAUUCCACAAUGCCGACUUAAACGAUUGUGGGCUAGUUGAGAAAUCGAUAUGGGAUUUUCUAACUCCGCAACAGUUGAACUGUAAUAAUUAUAUAUCAAUUAAACUGGAAAAGGAAUGAAAAUAUAAUAAUAAACCAACGUGAAACUGGGCAAUAUCCCAUGCCAUUGCAAUAUGAUCAUUUAGAAAAUUUAAUUUACCAUUAAUCAAGUGAGCUUCGUUCUUAUAAUAAUCAUUUAUAUGAAUUUUCAUACUUUCACCUAAUUCUUUACCGAUUUGUACAUAGAAAUUUGACGAAAGAACAAUAGAUGAACUUUGUAUCAAGAAUAAAAUAUUAACAGCAAUAAUAUAAAUUUCCAACAAUGUGCCUAAAUUCUUUACAGCUGCUAUAAAACCAAUUAUUGUAAAUAAUAUAGUAAAAGUACCCCCAAUAAGUAUUAAUAGAUGGGAUAUUGCCAAAGGUGACAUUUCUUCUAUGUUACCCUCUCUGUAUAGAACAGAGAAAACUUUUAUAAUAGAAUCACUUCUGACAAUUGAUAAACUAGCGCCAGAAAGAGAGACAGUAAUGAUGCACAAUACAAAACAUAGUACUUGAGCAAUAAGAAAAGCUUUAUGUUGAUUUGUUAAUGGAAUUCUCUUAAAUAGUUUCCUUGGUGAAAUAGAACUAGUAACUUUUAAUUCUUCUACUGCCAUCUUUUUCUAAAAGGGUGAAGGUCAGAUAAUUAUUUCAAAUUUUCAAAAUUU